GCCGCUACCGCCGCUCUCCUCCACCUCCAUCAGCUCCUCCAAGCAACCAAUCAUGUCCGGGCGCGGCAAGGGCGGGAAGGGGCUGGGCAAGGGCGGGGCCAAGCGCCACCGGAAGGUCCUUCGCGACAACAUCCAGGGGAUCACCAAGCCGGCGAUCCGGCGGCUGGCGCGGCGGGGCGGCGUGAAGCGCAUCUCGGGGCUCAUCUACGAGGAGACCCGCGGGGUGCUCAAGAUCUUCCUGGAGAACGUCAUCCGGGACGCCGUCACCUACACCGAGCACGCCCGCCGCAAGACCGUCACCGCCAUGGACGUCGUCUACGCGCUCAAGAGACAGGGACGCACCCUCUACGGGUUCGGCGGCUGACCUGACCUGCUCCUUUCCGAUCUAGUCAACUCUGCUAGCUGCUGCUGCUGUUGUGGUGCUAUGGUUUCGUUUCUGAGUGCGUGCGUUGUUCCAUCGGUCUGUGUAGUUAGUGGAAGGCGAUUAAUCUGAAUGCAAUACAAAUAUAUAAAUCGUUGGU